AGCAUAGGGAUACUGCAGGGCUCCCGUCCCCUCACUAACACACCUAACUGUGGGCGGGGGCACACAUACCAAAGGAAGAAAGUGCACUCUUUAAAGGACUGUAGAGCAGCUAUGUAAUCUUUUUUUUCCUAAAACAUUUUUUUCUUAAAAUCUCUGAAUAUUCUGAAUUCGAGCAGUUUUAGUUAAAGGCGACCCACGGAGAACAAAGCCUAUCCCAUCUGGUGUCUGAUAGGAACUCAUUUGCCCUAAGAAGAGCCUGACGAGCAGACAGCAAUCGCACACACCACGUGGAAGCCACAGCAACAACCUGGGCAUUGUCAUCAGCAGCACAAGGUGCCAGUGUCGGUGUGUGUUGUGCGCACAGUGCCACUUGCCCUGGACAGAAGCCGAGAAUACUGUGCCUAAGUCACCACUAGCGCUGCCAGCUCCUUUCUCUCAGCCCGAGCAAGUGCCAGAGUUUACAGCAGCUUUGGCUUGUGGAGUCUGACUGCCAGCGUCCAGCAUGAGUUUCCCCGGUUACAGGCUCUUUCUUGCGCUGUAUGGCGCUGUGUUCGUGAUACUGGUUGGCGCUAAUGACGCCGGAGAUAUGUUUACACAAGAUAUACUGCAGCUGUACGGGCACGACGGGCGACUGAGUAGCAGCAAUGUGAGCCGACUGAUGAAUGGCUGUGAUGCCCGCGACGAACUGCACAACCUGGAGCAUCUGCACUACAACCGGUGUUUAUCUACUGAGGAUAUAUUUUCCAUUUACAAUAUCAAAAACGACCAAAUUACCAAUGUUACGUUUGAGACAUUCUGCCCAGCUAUUUUGCAUCAAAUAUUUUUUCAUCCGUGUACAUUUGAAUCCCAAGAUGAAAGCACACAAAGGCCCAGCCCCGCACAAGUCUGGGGAUUUAGCUUUCUUUCUGUAACUAUCAUUAAUCUUACAUCAUUGCUUGGAUUGUUUAUAACACCUCUGAUCAAGAAACCGUACUUUCCCAAAAUAUUGACUUAUUUCGUGGGACUUGCCAUUGGAACUUUGUUUUCAAAUGCAAUUUUUCAACUUAUUCCAGAGGCAUUUGGAUUCGAUCCGAAGGUUGAUAAUUAUGUUCCCAAAGCAGUGGCUAUUUUUGGAGGAUUCUACAUUUUACUGUUUGUAGAGAGAUUACUGAAACUGAUUCUGAAUAUCUAUGGUGAAGGUGUCCAUACCCAUUUAGAGAUUGACCAUGUACCUCAUCAAGAAUUCCAUAUUGAGUCUCCAGCAAAUAAGAUUCCCAAUGGAAAUAUUAUUUAUUCAAAUCCUGCAGUAGCAGAGGUUAAUGGAGUAAAUCAUCUGGAUAACAUAAAGGUUUCAUCAAAGGACGCAGUAGAAGAAGUAUAUUGCUGCAAGGUAUUGAAGUGGAGACCUCUGAAGAGCAUUGGCACAUUAGCCUGGAUGAUUACUUUAAGUGAUGCCCUGCACAACUUUAUUGAUGGACUUGCUAUUGGGGCUUCCUUUACGCUGUCAGUUUUGCAAGGACUGAGUACAUCUAUUGCAAUUCUGUGUGAAGAAUUUCCUCAUGAGUUUGGGGAUUUUGCAAUCCUAAUAAAUGCUGGAAUGAGCAUUCCCCAAGCUUUGACCUUCAAUUUCCUCUCAGCUUGUUCAUGCUACAUUGGCCUGGUAUUUGGGAUUUUGGUUGGCAACAACUUUGAGCCAAGUAUCAUUUUUGCAAUUGCAGGAGGCAUGUUUCUUUACAUUGGAUUGGCAGACAUGUUUCCGGAGCUGAAUGAAAUGCUUAAAGACAAGAUAAAAGGAAGGAGAUCGGACUUAAUCUACUUCUCUAUUCAGAAUGCAGGUUUACUCUCUGGGUUCGCCAUUAUUCUACUAAUUACCCUCUAUUCAAAGGAAAUCAAGUUGAAUUAAGAUGGGUCUUCAGGAGCCACACACGACCUAGCCGAUACGACUUGUUGAAUGUCAUAUACAUUAUUAGCUUUUCAUAUCUUCCGACCUCAAGAAAUAAAUGAUUUAUUUUUAUGCACAAUUUGAUGAAAGGACUUUUAAAUUUGGUUGAAAGAAUGAACGAUGAACUGCUGCUAUCUUAGUAAAUUUAUAUAAAUAUUUAUGUUUUUAUACUUGUUACACCAGGCAUUACCUGUACAGUGUUAUAGUGAGCAUGGUGUUACAGUUUUUUUCUAAGACUAUAUAGGCAGCUAGUGCCACCUAAUUCCACGUGAUUUUGGAAAUAUCAAACGUGCUCACGUCCAAAUCACAGUGAAACUGAGAAGGGCUUUUGUAUUUUUAGGGUCUUUUGAUGAAAAUAUAUGUAUUUUCUUUCUGUACUUUGUACCAAAUUGUAUUUGUUUAUUUGCACUUGAAAGCAAAUAGGAAUAGUUAAAUAUACAGAGUCUUUAUUUAACUAUUUUCUACGUCUAAAAUUUAGUUUUUUAGAAGGAAAAAAAAAUCAUAAAAUGUACUUACAUUCCUGCUUAAUAAAUUUAAAAAGUGAUUAAAA